GCGGUGCGGGCCCGGCCAAUCAGCGGCCGCGGGGCGGGCGGAGUGGCGGCGCCUCAGCGCGGUGCGGAGAGCGGAGCAGAGGCGCCCCUGCCGUCCCGCAAGCGGACGAUGGCACGCUCACCCGUGCUCCUGCUGCUCCUGCUGCUGCUGCCGCCUCCGCCGCCGAUAAUGGGCUUCGGGCUCCUCGGCGCGGACAGCCGUCGCCCCGACUGCGGUCCGUGCCGGCCGGAGCGCUGCCCCGCGCCCGCGCGCUGCCCGGCGCCCGGCAUUCCCGCGCGCGACGAGUGCGGCUGCUGCGCGCGCUGCCUGGGCGCCGAGGGCGCGCGCUGCGGGGGCCGAGCGGGCGCGCGCUGCGGCCCCGAGCUGGUGUGCGCCAGCCGCGCCGCCGCCGCCGGGGUGGCGCCCGACGGCACCGGGCUUUGCGUGUGCGCCCAGCGCGGCGCGGUGUGCGGGUCCGACGGCCGCUCCUACCCCAGCGUGUGCGCGCUGCGCCUGCGCGCCCGGCACGCUCCGGGAAGGCACCCCGGCCACCUGCACAAGGUGCGCGACGGCCCCUGCGAAUUUGCUCCUGUGAUCGUCAUUCCACCCCGAAGUGUCCACAACAUCACUGGGGCCCAGGUGUACCUGUCCUGUGAGGUGAGGGCGGUGCCUCCCCCGGUCAUCACGUGGAGGAAGAUCACACGGUCUCCUGAGGGUGCCCAGGUGCUGGAGGACCUGCCUGGGGACCACGUUAAUAUCGCUGUCCAGGUGCGAGGGGGUCCUUCGGACCACGAGGCCACAGCCUGGAUUUUGAUCAACCCUCUGAGAAAGGAAGACGAGGGAGUGUACCAGUGCACCUCGGCCAAUGCAGUGGGGGAGGCCCAGUCCCAGGGCAAGGUGACGGUUGGCGAUCUGAGCACGUACAGAGCCCCUCGCUUCCCAGCUCCACACGACCGCAUGUGACGGAGGUCUCAGAAGCUCGAUCACGGGAUGAUGGGAAAGUCAAGUGGUGGAUGGUUUCCCUUUGUGCAAGUUGGAAAAAAACUGUUUGUAGAUGACCCCUUUUGUAUGUUUUUAAAAAUUAGAUGCAAACUAGAUUCAUAUGCAGAUGUAGUUUUUAGCAGGGCAAACACGGGGAAAAUGUCUAGACUGCACGUGGUUUUUUUAUACUUUUGAAAUGAAUUGCUCUGAGAGAAUUCUUUUUUUAACUACUCCUCCCGGGGAAGAUCAUGUUGUGGAAUAUUUGUAACUCUAAAGGGCUAGAGGAGGGGUGUGUGCGCUGUGACUCUUUACCUCGUUUGUCCGCGGCUGAUUGGUGAAGCUCUGUGACUUAGUGCGUGUUGUAGAGCCAAGGAGGAGGGUCCCUCUGUCCUAUGCCUGACCUCUAAUUUGCUGUGUGACCUGAACAGGUCCCUUCCCUCUCUGGGCCUUGGACUCCUCCUCUGUGAAUAUGGUGUUUGGACGGGAUGUUACCUGUGUCUCUUUGAGCCCUGUCAUCCUAGAGUAAGAUGGCCCUACAGAAAAAAUACAGACGUGUGAGCUUAGCAUUCUUUUUUAAAUGGCAUUUCUUCAAAACCAAACAAAUGCUAUUUCCUCAUACUAGGGUGAGGACAGCUGGCUGUAGCUCUUCUAUUCCUGCCACUUUCCCAUUUUAAAGAAACACUUUACCAGACUCAGGGGCCCCAUGGCUGGGCGUUUGGAUACCAUGAUGUCUACUUGUUCCCAAGCCCAGCAUUCUUGAACCAGGUGGGCAGUGGAGACCUGAUUCUUAGACAUCAAUUUGUAAAAAUGGGGUCAGAUGCUCUGGGCUCUGGAACUAGUGUAAUAGAAGAUUUAAUUAGAGAUGUUUUGACUUCAGCCAAGAAUGGGGCUUGCUUUCCUUAUUUUAAAUGAAGAAAGGAAGAAGGAGAAUAUUUAAUGUCUCGGCUAAAAA